CAACCAUCUCUAUCUCUAUUGAUCAUUGUUUAUUUAUUUGACCUCUCCUUCUAAUAUUCUCAAAAAUGAAGAACAGGUUCAUGAAAGCCUGCGAAAACAAAUUCAAAACCAUGAAAAUCAAAUCCAUAGUCAUAUCAUGUUGUUCAUCUUCCUGUGAGAGUUGCUGCGAGAAAGUUUCUUGGGGAUUCAAGAAAGAAAAUGAAGCCAUACCUAAAGAUGUUCCAAAAGGACAUCUGGUAGUGUAUGUAGGCGAUAGUUACAAGAGGUUUGUGAUAAAGAUGAGUUUGCUUAAGCAUCCAAUCUUCAAGGGACUACUUGAUCAAGCUCAAGAUGCUUAUGACUUCAGUUCUGAUUCAUCGAAACUAUGGAUUCCAUGCGAUGAGAGCACUUUCAUCGAUGUUGUUCGUUGCAGUGGCGCUCCUCAGCAUCAAAGGAACUACAUUGGCAUGUACAUGUAAGAAUGGAAAUAUAUUCAUUCAUCAUCUGUGGAUCCAUGUGUUCUUGAGAUGGUUGUUUAGAUCAUGUUGUUGUACGCUAAUUAAUUACAAGUUUUGUUAUUAAGUAUGAUUUAUAGUAUCACAAGUAUCAUGCAAGAG